AUGGCCUUUGGCCGUUUCUCUCGUAUCUCGCUCCUCAUUCUGGCCGCACCUCUGAAAGGCUUUUGGCCUGUCGUGCUGCGUAUUGCUUUGUCCUCGGCGUGGCCUUUGUCCAUACGCCUCUAUGCGCUAUUGGCCUGUCCUGCUGCAUUCCUCCCUUGUCCUCGGCGUGGCCUUUGGCCGUUGCUCUUCUCUCUCGCUGCUUCUUCAGGCCGCGCCUCCGUGCGCUACGGGCCUGUCGUGCUGCCUUCUUUUGUCCUCCUUUGGCCAUAUUACUCUUCUCCUUCUUCGGUCCGUGCCUUCACGCGCUUUUGGCCAGUCCUGCUGCAUUCCUCCCUUGUCCUCGGCACGGCCUUUGGCCGUUGCUCUUGUCUCUCGCUGCUUCUUCCAGCCACGCCUCUCUGCGCUGUUGGCUUGUCCUGCUGCGUUCCUCCUGUCCUCGGCGUGGCAUUCUGGCCAUGUGCAUCCUCGCCUUCGUCGGCCCGCGCCUUGCGUUUUUGGCCUGUUAUGCUGCGCCUCAACCUUUCCUCCAUGGCAGAGUGGCUCCUGGAUCCGACGUCACCGGAGGCCAAGUCGGCAGCGGAGGGCGCGCGGUCCUUCGUGAAGCUCUUCUUCGACGAGGGCCAGGUGCGGAGCCCCGAAGCUCUCCGCAGCAAUGCGAAGGAUCUGCCACGGCUGCUGGUGGAUGGCUUCGACCGAGAGCAAAUCUGGGAGGAGAUGGAGGUGCAAAACGUGCCUCUUCGACUGCAUUUGCGGAAGCGCGUCUCGAAACUGGCCGUGGCCAGCAAGGCUGCCAUCGACCUGACCCUCGCCAGCAGCGAGCCAGUCCCGGAG